UCCAGGAGAGAGGGGCAGCCAAGAAGCGCACAGGAAUCGGCUGGCUCUGGAAAGACCCUUAGCGAAAAAAGAUACUGAAAUCAAACGAACAAUGAACCCCAUCGAGUAAAAGCUUGUGAAAGACCCGCGGCCGAAUACAUUACACACAUUGCCACGUUAACAAAGCUCUUUGGUGAUACGGUCCAGAUCAGAGGCAGCGGAUAGAGAGCUGUGUCAUUGAGCAGGCAGGACACGUCAGGAGAAGGGAGAAAAAAAAAGCUGACCGACUGCACUGUACGAGUCAGCUAUCAAAUCGCCUCUGAAAAGCUUUUCCUGCCGUACUCAUCUUUUCGAGGACACCACCUUGCUUUCAGCCCGGGGAAGCGUCUCGACAAAGACAUCGCCGAGGUCGAAGGUGGUGAUCAGAAGUGGAAUGACUGGGGUGACUGCUAACUCAGUGCAUGCCAUCCUGUGUGCUCUUCUCUCAAUAGGACCAAACGAUCACGGGAUAGCAUUUGUGUGUGGGGGGAGAAAACAAAUGGGGGAUUACGGGUUUGGAGUCCUAGUUCAAAACAACACUGGCAACAAGUCUGCAUUCCCGGUCCGAAUCCACCCGCAUCUGCAGCCCCCACACCACCACCAAAAUGUGUCGCAGAGCCCUGCUGCUUUCAUAAACAGCACCACAGCCGCAGGGAAUGGCACCACGGGAGGCUCUCCCUGGCUCUUCCCUGCCUCUGCCACCCAUAACAGUGUGCAAGACGAAAUCCUGGGGGGCCCAGAAAAGCCCAAAGCACAGCAGCAACAGGAAAUGCAGGAAACGCAAGAAAAGCAGCAGCAGUUGUCCCCUGGGAGUCACCAGGAGGGUGGAAGUGGUGGUGGGAUCAUUUCAGAACUGGAAAAGGCCCGGUCAGAGGAAGCCAAGACAGACAACGGCACAUCUGAAGGAAGUAAUGGAAAGGAGAAGCAGCUACGUCUCGAGUCUCCAGUCCUGACAGGCUUCGAUUACCAGGAGACAUCUGGUCUCGGGGGAACUGGCCCUGUCCAGUCUAGUACAACCUCGUCAUCACUUACUGGCUUCAACAACUGGUCAGCUGCCAUCCCACCGGCGCCAUCAACCAUCAUAAAUGAAGACGUCAGCUUCUUCAACCCGGCCUCUGCCAACAACGGACCCCUGCUGUUCCAGAACUUCUCACACCAUGUCAGUCCAGGAUUUGGUGGGAACUUCUCCCCCCAGAUUGGACCGGCGGCGGCCUUGUCCCAGCACCACGCGGCUCCCCCACCUCACCCCCACUUCCAACACCCCCACAACCAACACCAGCAGCAUCGGCGCUCCCCGGCCUCUCCACACCCUCCGCCGCCCUUUCCGCACAGGAAUCCGGCUUUCAGCCAGUUGCCGCAUUUGUCCAACAGCCUGAACAAGCCCCCGUCCCCCUGGGGUCCAGCCAGCUACCAGAGCCCCUCUCCUUCCCCCGGCUCCUCCACCUCCUGGAGCCCUGGAGGAGGCUAUGGUAGUGGUGGUGGCGGCUGGGGAGGGUCCCAGGGCAGAGAUUAUCGCCGAGGGCUGAACGGCGGGAUGACCCCCAUCAACUCUAUCUCUCCCCUAAAGAAGACCUUCCCUAACAACCACGUGGCAUCCCAGAAGUACCCUCGAAACAGUCCCGCAGGCUUCAACCCCAAGUCCUGGAUGGAUGAUGGAGUCGGUCGCAGUGAUAACAUCUUCCCCUUUCAGGAACGCACCAGGUCAUUUGACAGCUUCAAUAUGAACACUCUGGAGAGCUCCCUGAUUGACAUCAUGAGGGCCGAGCAGGACACCCUGAAAGGUCGUCUUGGGUUCCCCCAUCCAGGCGGGGACAACCCUCUGCCCCUCAAUGGCCACUCCUCUCUCUUCCCUAUGGAGGAUGGUUUCCCCGAUGACGAACGUGGCGAUCAGGGUCUUGCGGGCCUGGGAUCUCCACACUGCUUUCCACACCAGAACGGAGAGCGCGUCGAACGCUACUCACGCAAGGUCUUUGUCGGAGGACUGCCCCCAGAUAUAGAUGAAGAUGAGAUAACAGCCAGUUUCCGGCGUUUUGGACACCUGUUUGUGGACUGGCCUCACAAAGCUGAGAGCAAAUCCUAUUUCCCCCCCAAAGGCUAUGCCUUCCUGCUGUUCCAGGAUGAGAGCUCAGUGCAGGCUUUGAUUGAUGCCUGCAUCGAGGAGGACGGCAAGCUGUACCUCUGUGUGUCUAGCCCCACCAUCAAAGACAAGCCGGUCCAGAUCCGCCCGUGGAACCUGAACGACAGCGAUUUUGUGAUGGAUGGAUCUCAGCCUCUGGACCCGAGGAAAACCAUCUUUGUGGGAGGUGUCCCUCGUCCACUCCGUGCAGUGGAGCUGGCCAUGAUCAUGGACCGCCUGUACGGUGGAGUUUGCUACGCUGGCAUUGACACAGACCCUGAGCUGAAGUACCCCAAGGGAGCGGGGCGUGUCGCCUUCUCUAAUCAGCAGAGCUACAUUGCUGCUAUCAGUGCUCGCUUUGUACAGCUGCAGCAUGGAGAAAUCGAUAAACGGGUGGAAGUGAAGCCAUACGUGCUGGAUGACCAGCUGUGCGAUGAGUGCCAGGGAACUCGCUGCGGCGGCAAGUUUGCACCGUUCUUCUGCGCCAACGUCACCUGUCUGCAGUACUACUGCGAGUACUGCUGGGCGGCCAUCCACUCGCGCGCCGGACGAGAGUUUCACAAACCCCUGGUGAAGGAGGGAGGCGACCGACCCCGUCACAUCUCCUUCCGCUGGAACUGAGCAGAAGACAGAGAGGGAGAGGCAACAGGGGAGCAGGAGGGCAGGUAGUGCAGGAGUCGCAAAUCAUUGUACAAAUAAAUGCACUUUUCUGUUGCUGGUUCCUUUUUGCUCUAAUUUCACCGAACCUUUUUCUCAUUUUGUUAAGUUAAUAUAUAUCUAUAUUUUGAAGAUAGAAAAGAAAAACUGGAAUUAUAUCCAAAUAUGUCCAGCAAGGAAAAAAGAUGUGUAACAUAAUUUUAUUUAUGCGUUUGAUUUUUGAAAUAUUUUUAUUAGUUCUCAAAAAAUACAUAUAUAGGAAAGUUUGAGGUGUGAUAUGGUACUCUGCUAUUCAAUUGGCAUAUUUUUCUAAACAAUGUAUUUGAUUUUAAUUUUGAUACAAGAGGCCCCAAAACAAAUAAUGUUAAUUUGGCAUUUGACGGACUUGUUUUGUAGCAGAGCUGUUUGCUUUUUGUUUUGUAUCGAGUCUCCAGAGCAAAUGCUGUUGAAACAGUAUCUCAUUGGCUAUUUCUUUCUGAGAGGUGUGAUUAAGUUUAUUGAUACAAGAGGCUCCAGAGCAAAUGUGAAUUGAAAAAGGUGUUGCUAAAGAAGAGUGCACUUAUUUCCAAUUCAAAGAGUGCAGAUACGCUAUAUGAGACCCUUAGUUGUUAACCAAAGCUGAAUCUUAAUUAACUUUGACGAACAGAAAGGGCCCACUGCAGAAAGAAAUGGAUUCUUUUUUUCCUCCCAGAUCAAAAUUUUUUAACCUCUCUUUUUUUUUAUGAUUUCCAAGACCAUACAAAUAUUUUGAUGUUACUUGAAAAUCACAACAAAAUUUUAGCAACACAUAUUUGGGUUUUGAUCUCCAUUUUGACAUGCAAAAACUAAUACCUCAAACUCAGCUGCUAAUGUGCCGAAUACAGGUUAAAAAAAAAAAAGAAAGAAAGCAAGAAAGAAACCAUCAUCACCUGCUGCUGUUCUCCUUUCCUUAGAAGUGUAAUCAAAGGGAAGUGAUGUAACAGGCAGUGUCUGAUGUGACUGGUACAGUUUUGUACUCACUUGCUUCAUCACCUCCUUAUUUUUGUAAUCAAACCCAGGGUUGUGCUAAGGACAGAGCAGAGCAUCGUACAGUAUACAGUGUAUUAGGGGAAUGUAUGGCGUAGGGAGGCUACAGGAGAGACAGACAGGCUUACUGCUAAAGAGAUAAAUCCAGCCCCACUCCCCCCCUCCUCAUGUCUGCCUGUGGCCCCUGCUGCUAAGCUAGCAGCUAACAGAGGGUAGGGCCUCAUUCACAGAUCAAAACCCACUUUCUGUGUCUGCACACAGCGGAGCUUGGAUACAGAUCUUUCAGGACUGAGGCUAAAGUAACUCCUCGAGAGAAGGCUGGUUGCGUGGGCAGCCUUUAUUGCAGUUUUCACAGGGGCUACCGCCAAACGGGAGUUGCCUGUCUUUGUUCGUUUUUUUUUUUUUUAAAUGCAUUUGUGCAAUUCUCCCAAGUCUUUAAUGAAAAAGUACUACUUUGCAUCCAACAGUCAGCGACAUUUAAUUAAAGAAGCAAUUUAAAGUUUAUCUGAUUUCCGAAUCGUCAGCACACAUUUGAGUCAUGGAGGGAUCUGCCCUGUCGGCGAACCCUCUAUCCUUUCUCCUGCCAAGUUAAUCCAACUCAGCAUCCAGUGUUUUUGAAGCAUAAAUGAAGAUAGUCUCUGCAGUGUGCUCUACUACUACACACUUGUGACCCACAUGCAGUUUGCUCUUGAUAACUAGAUUGCAGGUCCAGUCGGUUGUACCCAGUGGCUUUUGGGAACCAAAGAUGGCUGUGCAGUAGUGGGUCAUACUGUAGCUCAUUUCUUGUCUAGGUUUUUAUUCUUAUUUUCUUUUUUCAUUUCCUCAAGGAUGUUUUUUUCAUAUAUAUUUUUUCAAGAAUCUGUCACUUAUACCCAGUUUUACUUAACUGUCAAGCCCUGAUGGACUCCAGCGAACCAAAGAUUGGCCUUGAUGAUAUUUAUAUGUAUUGCAGUCAAAACCCAUUAGAACACCAGUGGAAAAACAACAGGGCUCGCAGACACACACACACACACACACACACACACACACACAACACACAACACACAACACACACACACACACAAGGCCUCACACUCUCCGUAGCCCAAAAUGGAGGUGCACGCUGGCACUAGUUUUUUUUAAUUUCAAAUAGGUCUGUGUGUUUGGGAAAACAUAAAGUGCACAUCAACACAGCGAAAGUAAAACUAAUCCUCACAUUUGUUUGACGUUUUAGGUCACUCAGUGGCAUCCUACUAGCCGAGCAUUUAAAUAUGUCAGGGAGUUAGUACAGAAACUUGAUUAUACACACUAGUGAGAAUCCUCAUAUCGGCAUGGUGUCGUUUGCACCAGUUUUGCACCCUGGACAUUAGUUUUGUGGGUGUGGUGGGUGAGCAUUUUAGAAGUUAAAACACUUUGUGAAGAAUUUGCUGUUAAAUGAGAUGAAAAAAAAAAGAUUAUUUUAUACAUGGCCUGCUGAUUUUUGGUACAGUGUUUUCUAGCUAAAUUAUUUUGUCAUGCACAUAUAAACAUUUAUUAUGCACUACUUUUCUAAAUAUUUUUUCUUUUUCCAACAGUCAUUUUAGGCACAUUUUUCACAAAUGGGGAAACUCCUUUUUGCAAUACCUCAAUUUUUCACAUUGUGAAAGGUAGCUUUUGUACUUUUGUUACUGAGAGAUCUGCAUAUAUGGAAAUGUUCAUUUUAAGAAAAAAAGUUGAGUGAUUUCAAUAUAUAUUAUUUUCAAUUAUGCUUUUUAUACAUUUCAGUGCUGAGGAAUCUUUACAACUAAGUGCGCACUUGUGUUGAUGCGACUUCAGAUCUGCAGAGGAGAGACCAAAGUGUAUUGCUCUCUUGGUCUUAGCUUUUCGUACACUAGAUGUUUCCAGUCAAUCUGGUCAAUUACAGCAUGGCGAGAGAAAAAAAUAAACAAGUUGUAAUUUGAAAUUGAUGUUAAUGUCUCUAAACAUGGCUAUACUAGUUGGAAAUGGUAACUUCUGUCUUGGUUUCCUCUCCAUAGAUGGAGCAUAACUUAUUAUAAGGAGAAUGCAAAAUUUGGUUCACGCUUAACGCUGAAUCUCGUAUCACAAGAAUGGAUGUUUGGUGUUUAGAUAUUUUAAUAUUUGAAAAAAAAAAAGUAUAUAUAUAUUCUUGAACU